AUGCGCCCGGCGUACGCCCUCCUCCUCUCGAGCACCACGCAUGCGUGCACCAUGUACGGCGUCGGCCGCCUCGCGAGCGCCGACGGCACCACCCUCGUCUCCCACAGCGAAGAUUCCGGACCGAACCCAGACGUGCGGCUCUCCUAUCACCCUCUGCCCGCGCACGGCCGACGCGCAAGCCCGCGGUCGCGCGCGAGCCGUCGCUUUGCGGACGCCGCCGUCUACCCGCGCUCGCUCGCGAUCGAGUCGGACGACCCUAUCUUCCGAGUAGCGGAGGCGCGUUCUCGGCGUGCUGCUGCUGCACAGGUUUUGCGGCCGCCCCGAGAGGGGGAGCGGCCGCUUCUCCGCACCAUCGGCCCACGGCAUCCUGGGCGGCGUCGGCGCCGCCCCAACGGCCGGCUCGGGCGCUUCCCGCCCCGCCUCGGCUACACUUUGUCGCGGCGAUCCAGCGGCGCCAUCACCGGCACGGCCGCCGCCGCCCGUGCGGCACCCGCGGCACCUCCCGCCCCCCCUGGCGAUGCUGGCCGCUACCCCGCCGCCGUAGCUACCCUCCCCACCGCUGGUGCACCGCCUCCGCCGCCCCCCUCGGCGCUUCGCCCGUGAUUUUGCCGCCUCCUCCUCCACCACCACCCGUCUAAGCUUCCGCCCGCCUUCUCGCCACCGCCGUCCGCGCCACCUCAGCCGCCCUCCCCGGCGCUGCACCGGCGCUGCAGUGCCGUCGGCGCCGCCGCCCGUGCCGCCUCGGCCUCUGCGCCUCCAACCUCGCCGCGUCCGCAGCGGUUCCGCCCUCGGCGCCUCCCACCUCUCACCCGCCAGGUCGAACUUCCGCCGACGAUGG